CCUCCUCCAGGCUGGCCUCAGGCCUUUCAUGAACCUCAAGAAUUUGGGAGGACCUUUAAGGAAAAGCAAACUUUGCUGAAGUAGAGACCCAUUUCCCGCACCUACCACCGUGGACGUGUUCAUGGUACAGGCCAUACACACUUGUAUCCAAAUUACCUCUUAAAAGGAAAUUUUUGUCCUCCGGUUUUCAACUCGGCUUCUGUCCGAGGGUAAUCCUGGUUUCUUUUCACCGAACUUGUCCUUUGGGGCGGAGACUAACCAGAUCAUUCCGCCCCGCCCUGCUCCUGGGACAGCCUACCCACCGUUGCAGCGCUUUGCAGUGUAAUGCAAGUGGGCGGCCCGCAGACACUGGGAUGGCCCGGACUAUGGACCGGCUGGAAGCCUGCAACAGCCCGGGAACAUCUGGGACCCCCGGAGACGCGUUGCCUGGUCCCCGUGUAUAUGCGCGCCGCUGGGUCUUUCUGCUGGUGGUUAGCCUCCUGAGCUGCUCCAACGCGAUGCUCUGGCUCACCUUCGCGCCCGUAGCAGACACCAUAGCGCAGCACUUCUCCCUGUCCAUGGACCAGAUCAACUGGCUGUCACUAAUAUACCUUGUGUUAUCCAUCCCAUUUGGCAUGGCAGCCAUAUGGGUUCUGGACUCUGUUGGCCUCCGCGGGGCGACUAUCCUGGGUGCAUGGUUGAAUUUUUCUGGGAGUUUGCUACGUGCUGUGCCGUGCUUGGCUGUCAGGAUCCCCAGUCCCUUUGCCUUCUUCAUGAGUGGCCAGAGCCUCUGUGCCCUGGCCCAGACCCUGGUCAUCUCUUCUCCAGCCAAGCUGGCUGCCUUGUGGUUUCCAGAGCACCAGCGAGCCACAGCUAACAUGAUCGGCACCAUGUCAAAUCCUCUGGGCAUCCUAAUAGCAAAUGUGCUGUCUCCUGCCCUCGUCAAGAAAGCAGAAGACAUCCCUAUGAUGCUUGGCAUCUACAUCGUUCCUGCUGCCCUGGCCUGUCUGUUGGCCACUGUCUGCCUCUGGGAGAGUGUGCCUCCUACCCCACCGUCCGCAGGGGCUGCCAGCUCUACUUCAGAGAGUUUCCUCCACGGUCUCAAACUGCUCAUGAAGAAUAAGGCCUAUGUCAUCCUGGCCGUAUGCUUCGGUGGUGGCAUCGGUGUCUUCUCCAGCUUCUCAGCCCUCCUGGAACAGAUCUUUUGUGCCAACGGCUACUCUAAUGAGUUCUCAGGCCUCUGUGGGGCUCUCUUCAUCGUGUUUGGAAUUUUGGGGGCACUGCUUCUAGGCCUGUACGUGGACCGGACCAAGCACUUCACCGAAGCCACCAAGAUCGGCCUCUGUUUGACUUCCCUGACCUUCGUGGCCUUCGCUCUGGUAUCCCAGCUGCAGGGACAGACCUUUGCACUGGCUGCCAUCUGCUCCCUCCUUGGGCUCUUUGGCUUCUCGGUGGCACCUGUGGUCAUGGAGCUGGCAGUUGAGUGUUCGUUUCCUGUGGGUGAGGGUGCCUCUGCUGGCUUGAUCUUUGUCCUGGGGCAGGCCGAGGGUGUGCUCAUCAUGCUGCUAUUGACGGCAGUGACUGUGCGGCGAACGGGCCCAUCCUUCUCUACCUGCCAGCAGGGUGAGGACCCUCUGGACUGGACAGUGUCCCUGCUGCUAAUGGCUGGCCUAUGCACCCUUUUCACCUGUGUCUUGGUGAUCUUCUUCAACACACCAUACCGGCGCCUGGAGGCUGAGUCUGGAGGAUCCUCUUCACCCACGAUAUGUGCCGGGGAUCCAAGGAAUGAAAGCCCCACCCAAGUGGCACCAUUUGAGACUCCUGGCUUGACACCUCCAGACGACGCCUUGCAGGAAGCUCCUGGGCCUGCUUCUGUCCCCAAAGGACACUCAGAAUGGACAGAGACCAUGACCAGAAAUGUCUAGUAAAGCAUAGGGUUGCUGGGGUCUCUUUGUACCAGCAAGCCCUCUGACAGGGACACACAGUCCUUAACAGACCCAGGGUAUGAUUAGGAUGGCCUUUUGGUCCUCAGGAAGACUGUGGUGGAAUUGAAAAUAACUGCUGUUGAAUGGAUACCGGUCAGUUAGGGUGGACCCUGGCCAAGCCAUAUUUAUGGUGGCUACUGCAGAGGCC